GGCGGCAGCGCGUGCGGCACGCGGGCCGGAGGCGGUUGGGCUCGAGGCCGCGAGCGGUUGGGCGGCCGGUGGGUCCGGGCGGGAGCGGAGCGGGGCGGACGGGCGGCGCCAUGGGGGCCAAACUGCGACUCCUCUGCGCCGCGGCGGUGCUGCUGUGCGCGGCGCCGCCGGGGCAGCCCAGCGCCCGGGGCGCGGUGGCCGCCGUGCUCCCUGCAGGCGAGGGGGACGGGUACGGGGUGAAACUGUGCGGCCGGGAGUUCAUCCGCGCCGUCAUCUUCACCUGCGGCGGGUCCCGCUGGAAGCGGCUGUCCCUGCUGGCGAUGGAGCCGCCGCCCGCGGCCGAUUCUGUACGAACAGCAAGUAACAAACUACUGGGAAACUUCAAGCUGCGAUCAAUUUUGGGCCCUGAAGUGGAGCAGCUGCAGCAAAGCAGCCCGUUUCUUGGAUGGGAGACGUUUAAGGACUUGUAUAGUUUAAAUGACUAUAAUGAAUAUGUACCUGUGGCAGAUGACUUCAAAGAACUUGUUCAUCAGGUGGAAGAAGCUGUUCAGAAGGACAGGGGAGGAACGGGCAUUACAAACCCUGAGGGAUCAAAUAGUUAUCUUUGGGCCAGGUAUCCCAGAAGAAAACGGGAAUCUCUGGGUUUGGCAGGAAUGUGUUGCAAAUGGGGAUGUACAAAAGCUGAAAUUAGCACUAUAUGCAGAGUUUAAAAUCCUUUCUUCACUUGUGCAUGAAAUCAAUGUUUGUUGCAGUGCUACAUGAUUGAAUACUCUAUGGAGAAAGAAAACUCACUGUAUUUUAUUUUGUCUGUAUGUGUCAAUCAAUACUGCUGUUUUUCUUUAAAGAAAAAAUAUUAAAAAGGUGCCAGAAGUGUAACUGUAACAAUUUUAUUUUUGCUGCAGGAACUUUUAAUCUGUAUUUUUUACUAAGUCUUUUCAUUGUAAUGUUGAGCCUUUACAGCUAUAUUACAAAUAUCUUUGUAACACCUUAGGAAGAACUUCAGUGUUUCAUUAAAGUGUAAUUAUACUA